CAAGAAUUAAAACAAGAAUUGCGACAGAAAGGCCAUGGGGAAUACACGGCAGUAGCUGAGGAAAAAGAUUUCUUCUCAGCUUGUAAAGAAAGUGAUAAAGUCAUCUGUCAUUUCUAUCGUGAUAGUACAUGGAGAUGUAAGAUUGUGGAUAAACAUCUCGCAACUCUGGCCCCAAAACAUAUAGAAGCGAAGUUUAUAAAAAUUGAUGCUGAAAAGAGUCCAUUCCUUGUGAAGCGGCUUCGAGUUGUGGUUUUACCGACCAUUGCCCUCAUUAAAGAUUCCAAAACUGUUGAUUUUAUUGUUGGUUUUGAUGAUCUCGGAGGCAGUGAUGAUUUUCCAUGUGAAAUGUUAGAAUGGAGAAUUGCAUGUGCAGGUGUGAUUGACUACAGCGGAGAUAUUAGUCAACCUCCUAACUUUAAAAAUCCAAACUCAACUAAAAAGUUAUUCCAACAGCAAAAGAAAAUCAUCCGUGGUGGCGAUGACUCUGAUGAAGAUUCAGACUAG